AUGUUCUCGGCCGUUCUUCACCGGGUGACAUCCUACAAAGGAAAGAUUCCGCUCCUCAAUCAACUGCAUCUCAAUUUCAUUUUCCUCCACUAUACCUAUAUCAUAUCCUGGGCUAUCAUCGGCUCCAUCAUCGUUUACCCCGGAGGGAACAUCAGCUACAUCGAUGCCCUCUUUCAAUCCGUCGGCGCUGCCACCCAGAGCGGGUUGAACACUGUCGAUCUGAAUAAACUCUGGCUAUAUCAGCAAAUCGUCCUAUACCUGAUCACGUGCCUGUGCACGCCGAUCUUCAUCCACAGCGCCCUGGUGUUUAUUCGGUUAUACUGGUUCGAGAAGCGAUUCCAACAUGUUGUCCGAGACGCUCGUGCAAUGCGACGGACUCGAUCCCGCAUGGAUACCGUGACCGAUGAUGGGGACAGCGAGGAUAUCAAUAUCAACCGUGCGGAGGCGGGAGUCAGUGGUCGACCUAUUACGGUGAUACGGGAUGAUUCAGGGGAUGCCCGGGACACUCGGUUGACAGAUCCGGUUAGCAAAAACAUCAAUUCCGGUAUCAACACACCAGAAGCCCGGGAGAGCAGUGUCGACUCUAGCUCCGAGGGAACAGACUCGAGUCGCGAACCUCGUUUCGGCCUCGGUAGCUUAAAGGUGCCCACCCAUUUGAACCCUGAACACCACAUCGCCUUCUUGGAAAAGCAACGGAAAGAUAAAGGAGCUCUGCGAAUUCCGAGUCCCCGGGAGUAUGACCGUGGUGGUGCGCCUGAGGCUUUGGAAAUAGAUGUGGACCAGGAGGGUGAGCAGGCUCAUCAAUCCAGUGACCAUGAUGACCAAGAUGACCAAGUAAGCCCCGGUACACACCCCGAGGAGAUUGAUCAGCUUGGUCCACUUGAAGGGCCACACAUCACCAUCAACGAGCCGGAUUUUUCACGGUCCCGUCCACGCGGUAAUACGUUCCCUCGUCUGGAGACUCGCCCCACUGUCCGGGAGACUAAAGAUGGGAAUGAGACUACCACUCUUGCUCCUGCUGCCACGAGGAAUACCUUCAGAGGGUUUUUCCGAUCUCUGACACAAGAGCGUGACAUUUCCACUCAGCCCUAUCUCAGCUGGAAUGCCACAGUCGCUCGUAACUCCAACUUCGUUGAUUUGACCGAGGAGCAGCGUGAUGAGUUGGGUGGUAUUGAAUACCGUGCACUUAAGACGCUGGCCGUCGUUCUUAUCACCUACUAUCUUGGUUUCCAUCUCAUCGGUAUGCUCAGCAUGAUCGGCUGGAUUAUGAAGAAUAACAAAUGGGGCGAUAUCGUCCGGGCUGAUGGAGUUGGGCGGCCGUGGUGGGGAAUCUUUACCGCUGCGUCCGCCUUCAACGAUUUGGGUUUCACCUUGACACCUGACUCGAUGUACUCCUUCCAAAGGGCUAUUUUUCCUUUGCUGAUGCUAGCAUUUUUAAUCAUCAUUGGCAAUACUGCCUUCCCAUGUAUGCUUCGUCUAAUGAUUUGGGUUCUGUCGAAGUUGACUCGUCAGGGGACUGCGCUAUGGGAAGAACUGAAGUUUCUUCUGGAUCAUCCCCGUCGAUGUUUCACUCUGUUAUUCCCUCGCAAUGCCACUUGGUGGCUUUUUGCGAUUCUUGUCGCAUUGAAUGGCAUUGAUAUGAUCUUCUUUGUCAUCCUGGAUCUGAACGAUUCUGCUGUCACUGCACUACCGCCCGGGAUUCGAGUUGUGGACGGCUUCUUCCAAGCUGCUGCGACACGAACAGCCGGGUUUGGAAUCAUCAGUCUUUCGGAUCUUCACCCCGCCAUCCAGGUUUCGUAUUUGAUUAUGAUGUAUAUCUCUGUCUUUCCCAUCGCUAUCUCCAUGCGUCGAACCAAUGUCUACGAAGAGAAGAGUUUGGGUAUUUACGAUUCCGCAGAAGAGGAAGACGACGAAGACUCAAAUGCCCCCACCUACAUCGGAGCUCACUUGCGACGCCAGCUGAGUUUCGAUUUGUGGUAUGUCUUUUUGGGUCUGUUUAUAAUUGCCAUUGCGGAAGGAACAAGAUUGCAGGAUCCAGCCGACUAUUCCUUCCAGCUGUUCACUGUUUUGUUUGAAGUUGUCUCAGCAUACGGCACUGUGGGUCUCUCGUUUGGAUACACAAACAGCAACACCUCCUUCUCGGGGCAGUUCAAUGUAGUCUCCAAGUUGGUGAUCAUUGCCAUGCAACUCCGCGGUCGGCACCGUGGCUUGCCUUACGCGCUUGACCGUGCCGUCCUUCUCCCCUCGGACGCCCUCAAUCGACACGAGGCCGAAGAGGGGGAGCGCCGCAUGCGCCGCCGCACAUCCAACCUUAGUGGUGGUGGGUCUUUCGUCCAAUCGCAAUCGCGUACCUUAUCUCAGGCAAGGAACGAUGCUGGUCUGUCUUCGGGUAUGGAAACCCACGACUGGCAGACCCAGCCUGCUCCGAAUGGAGACUCUUUGGUGCACCGUUCCUCGACUAUCCGAUCUAAUCGGUAG